UGCAUCCUAAAGUGGUUUGUGAUCCGCCAUUAAACACAAACAAGAACCAACGGAUGUGACUUCCUGCUAGCAGCAGAAUCAAUGUAAAAUUAUUGUUUAUUGUUAAAUUUGAGCAUUUCUGAGUUGAUUUAACCAUCCUUAUAUGUUAUAAACAUGCCGUACAAACUACAGCGCUUCUUACAGUUUUCUCUCAGUUUUAAAACGGCGUUUAUUCCCGGAAACAACAGCAGCUUCGGGUAUUAGCUUAGCAUGUUAGCUGGAACCAAACCAGUCACACAGGGGAAGAGAGAGUCGUUUUGCAGGACAGACUGGAAAUCUGAUGGAGUUAAAGGGGAAAAAAGUUUCUGCCGUGCUGGUGUGAAAACAUCAGAAAACAAAGAUGGAGGGACGGACACACAGAGAGCAGAUGGACUCUCGGUUUCAAGACUUGUCCAGGAUGACGUGCAGGAUAUAAAAUCCCUACACUGGUUGAGGCGUUGACACCAAAACUGGAAAAUACAUCCAGCAGCUGAUGCGGACGAAAGAGGAACUUCCUGCUGAGGAAGAGAACUGGACUCCCUCACUGGACCAGAACCAGAACCGCCCUGAAAUUAAAGAGGAACAGGAAGAGACAAAGAUUAUAGAGUUCAUAUUCAACCCUGUCCCUGUAAAGAGCGAGGAUGAGGAGGAGAAACCUCAUCUCUCAAAGUUUCCUGACUGUCAGACUGAGGAAAACAGAAACUCACUAGAAACAGAUGAAUGUUUAGAAUCAGAUGAUAAAGAUAAAACUUCAGGUUCUUCAGAAACAGAUGUCAGUGAUGGAAACUGGGAGGAGAGCGAUAGAACUAAGCCAGGAUUGGACCCUGUUAUUAAUACAUUAUCUGUCAAUGAUAUGGUGUAUGACACAGGUAAGAAGCUACACAGCUGCCCUGAAUGUGGUAAAACUUUUAGCCAAAAGUCAGAUGUUUUGAGGCACAGCAGAAUCCACACAGGAGAGAAACCUUUCAUUUGCUCCAUCUGCAACGCAGCUUUUUCUUGGAAGCAUGUCUUGGCUCAACACAUGAGAACGCACAGUGGAGAAAAACCCUUCAGCUGCUCCAUCUGUAGUCAGCGGUUUGGAAGGAAGAUACAUGUCACCUCUCACAUGAGAUGUCAUACUACAGAAAAACCUUUCACUUGCUCCAUUUGUGGUCAAAAGUUCAGCCGGAGGGAAAGUGUGACGCGGCACAUGAGACGUCACACUGAAGAAAAACCUUUCAGCUGCUCUGUUUGUGGUCAAGAGUUUGGCAGGAAGGAAAGUCUGACCUAUCACAUGACUCAUCACACUGAAGAAAAACCGUACAGCUGCUCCGUCUGUAACAAAGCUUUUACUUUGAAAAUAACUUUAACGGAGCACACGAGAAUCCAUUCAGAGGAAAGACCAUUCACCUGUUCUGUCUGUGGUGCAGCUUUUAAAAGGAAACAUACUUUAGCAGAACACACAAAAACCCACACUGGAGAGAGACCUUACAGUUGCUCUGUUUGUGGACGAAGUUUUGUUCAACUUAUCAGUUUAACUCGUCAUAUGAGGGGUCACACGGGAGAAAAACCUUAUAGCUGCUCCACCUGCAACAAGACGUUCAAAUGGAAACAAACUUUUCUGACGCACACAAAACUACACUGCGGUGAAUAAUUUUCAUCCUGUGAACAGACUCUUACUAAAUAUCCACGAAGGUUAGACAAAGUCUGGUCAUGUUUUCAGUGGCAGGUGAGCUCACAUUCAAUCUGCUCUGUUUAAAUAUAAUAUGGAAAUACCACAGGAAAAAUCAUGUCAUUUUUAACAAAAGAACAGACAAAAAAUAAACAAAUUAAAACUUAUCCAUGUGUCCCAGUCAAUUAAGUUUGGUGAGUAUUUAUAUAUGUAUUUAUUUUAAUUGAAAUUGUAAUACAUAAUUAAAAAACACAUUAUUGUAUCAAUUUUUUACCUACCCAACUGUUAAAUGUUUGUGUAACUAAAGUUUGUUUUUAUUUUGAGUUAAAAUCAUACAUGUUUGUUGUAGACUUUAAUUAUUGUACAUUUCUCGCUUCAUUCUGAAAUUAUUUAAGCAUUCAUCAUUGAUUCCUAAAGCAAAACACCAGAAUCUAAUUAAUACUCCUGCCCAACCCCUUAACUGCAGACCAAUCACAUUAUCUGUAGCAGUGAUAGCCUCGCCCUCUGAGUUUGACAGUUUCAUGCAAAAUUAAUACAUGAUGAUUCCUGUUUAAUUGCAGGUUGUUUUUGUCCUAAAAUAAAAGAGUUGGAAGUUUGUAAUUAAAUAAUAUUUUCAGCAUAUUUAAAUUGUCCACUUUUAAAAUGUUCCCUUUCAUUACAACUACAUGGUAGUAAAGGCACCGUAGGUUUUAGAAAUGCAUUAAAAGUAAACGAUUGAAAACCGACUUGUUUUAGAUGCGCUUAGUCAUUUUGGUGAGGAUUAUUUAUUUGAUUUGUCAUCUGAAAUAAACUCAACUGCAUCUCUGA